CUAUCUUUUUUUUUCAAAGUCUUCAUCAACUUUUUUUUUUUUGAUAAAGGGCUUAAUCUUCAUCAACUUUCUCGGCCAACCCCGAAAGAACCCUAAAACUUUAGCUUUAACAUUCAAUCUCUCUUGAAAAAAAUGUCCUGAUCUUCAUGCAUUUCCGAGCUGAAAAUCUGUAGGAAGUGUUGUCUCUGAAGAUCCUGGAUCUGCUUCCUUCUCCUCUCUCUCUUAGGAUCUUUCGUUCAGGCGAGAAGCAAUGGGUGCAGGGAGGAAGACAGAGACCUAUAAACAGGAAGACGUCCAAAACCUAUACGGAACCAUGUCUGUAAGGAAACUUCAAAAGGGAGAUCUCUGCGCGGUUAUAUUCGGAUGCAAGUUCAGCACUAUCAAAGAGUGUCUCGCUAAGAACUUGUUUGGUUUACCAGGCCCUCACAUGGCUUACAUCAAGAACAUCGAACCUGGUCUGACGCUGUUCCUUUUCAACUACAGUGAUAGAACACUACACGGAGUCUUUGAAGCUGCGAGCGAAGGAAAGCUGAACAUUGAUCCCAAAGCUUGGUCUCAUAACGGGACUGAUCCAAGUCCGUACCCUGCUCAGGUAAAGGUACGAGUCCGAGCGAAGUGUGAGCCUUUGGUGGAAGAAACGUUUGGACCCGUGAUUGCUGAUAAUUACAAGGAUGAGAAGAUCUUUUGGUUUGAGCUUGACCGUGUUCAGACAAACAAGCUGCUCCGUUUGUUUAAACCAUCGCCAAAUGUAGUAAGGGCACCACCACGACCAUCAACAUCUAAAUAUGUUGUUGCAUCAUCACCAUCAUCAUCUAGAAAGGCUAUUCCGGCUUCUUCUCUUGUGGAGAUAGGUGACUCAGGAGGAGGAGCACCACGUGUUGAUAAGUGGAGCAGUCUUUUCAAAUCUUCAGAGAACAAAGGACAAGACUCAAAAGAUGGAGUUGUCAAUCUUGGAAAGACUAAUGAAUGUGAAGUAGUAGCUCAGAAACAUGUGUCACAAUCUGGUCCAUCUUACUCAUCAGUUCUUAGAAAUGCGAUCAAUAAAUCUUCAGCUAGACACGAAGCUCCAUCUCAAGCAAGUAAAGGAGUUAUGUCCUCGCGCCAAGCUGAAAAUGUUGUAGUGAAUUGGGAUCAACAAAGUUUCCAUCCAACACAAAAUGGGACUUCUGCUGUGGCUAAUAACAUGGUAGGACCAAGCAAGAGAAGAUCUGCUGAGGAUACAUAUUCAGAGAUUGACUGGGAUGCUGCAUCAAACUUUCAAGCCCAUCUGAAAGGACUCAACAUGAUUUUGGAGGAUAAGGAUGGUUACAAUGAGGGUAACACAGGAUUUGCUUCUUCGUCUAUGAUGCACAAUCAUUGGGAAGAUGAUCAGAGGGUGUCUUGGGAAUAUGAGGAAGAGAAUAAUAUAGAUAAAUCAUCUUGUGGUGGGUCCUCGUACGUUACGGCCAUGUCAGGAGACGCAUUUGAGGACGAUGGAGAAGAGAAAGAGAAGCUUUGUAUGGAUGUCUUGAGUGAGAUAUGGGCGGAAGUUAAAGAUAUGAAGCAAACUCAGAUGAAACAAGCCGAGUAUAUGAUCUCGUUGCAGAUGGAGCUGCUUGAGACAAGAAAAGAGAUACUUCGACUGAAAGGGCUAUAUGGAAGUUCAUAAGCAUAUAGUAGCAAGGAGUGAAAGAAACAAAACUCAUGGAGUUUGCAAACUCCCUCUACCUUAUGAUAAAACUGAAAUGGAAAAAAAAAAGAAGUUUGAAUUAUUUUGGGUGCAAAACCAUGUUUUCGUGUGUUGAAGCUUGUCGUUGACUCUCUCGUUGUGAAUUCUCUGACUUGGUGUGCUUUCAGUUUCGAACUAUCGAGUAAUGUAUUGCUAAAAGCUUAUUAGCGGUUGGACUUGACCUUUU